AUGGCCUCCAACACCGAGUCCAGGAUCGCGGAAGAUGGUGACUACGACCCCGAAGCUCUGAUACUACACGAGACUGCCCAUGAGGCUACUCAAGAACCCCCCAGGGCGUCGAUGGACUGGCAUUCUAUCCCAGGGAUGGUCCUUUUGCAAACAAGUGGGAGCGAUUUCGUUAACUAUGCGAGAAACGAAUGGCCCGACCUAGCACUUCCAUGGGACGACGUGAGCAAAGCAAUCGACAUCUCUUGCCGCGCAACUGAGCUCAGACAUGAGUUAAAAACAGCCUACAAGAAAUGGUAUAACAUUCUCGUUGAAGGCUCUCUGGCGAGAAACCAGGUGAUGAAAACAAAAGGCGCACUAAGGGAAUCUACGGACCAACUUGAGAAAUCCAUGAAACAACUGAGGGAGAAUAUUCCAAAUGCUCACAUAGAACAUCCGCUGACACAAUUGGUUCGAGACGAGCUUGAUGCAGUCCGAUCCAUGUCGAAUCGUACCCUCGCUUCAAACGACCCUUUACCAUACGCUCCUUCAUGUCCCGCGAACAGGCGACCCAGUCGAACCUACACAGGCAUGGAUGACCCCAUCAUCCUUGCCGACCUUGCAAUAAUCGACCAUCACAUUGGGCUUGGCCUCCCGCCCGAAUCUGCAGACAUGGCUCUUGGUCGCCUGAAGGCAAAAGGGGGUGACAUACUCUACGACGCAUUGCGCCGAAAUGUGAACCUUGGUAUCAUAACCGUCGCAGCCUCCGAUGCGUUUCCUGAAACAGACAAAGAUGCGAGCAUGCUGGUGGCACUUCGCCAUUUGGUUAACUUGGAGUUCAAGCAUUACACUGAAGUCGAUGCGACGCUUUCUCGGCUUGGUAUCCUGCAAAUGGUGCUGAGCGGCUCAGAAAAGACAGCCAGCUCAGCAGUGAGCAACAAAAAACGUCCUGGAAGCCCGCUAAAAGGAGACCGUCCACAAAAGGUUGCGAGAAACACCGAAGAAGUAUCAGAUACGAUCCCGCCUGACCCACCACAAGAGCAGACUGCCGUGAACGAUAGAAAGCGUCCUGGAAGCCCGCUAGAAGGAGCUAAACACCGAAGGACUCGAAGAAAAUCACAAGGAACAUCGAAUACAACUCCAGCCAGCCCACCACAGGAGCACAAGGACCCAUACAUUGCUUCGGAUCUCGCAGUCAUCUUUCAUAAUGAUCUUCUCGGUUUGCCGCCCACUGCCCCGGAGCUAACCACGAUGCGUCUCAGAAAGCGACUCGGCGCGAAAAGCACCACGAUGCUACUGAGUCUUGUGAAACAAAAGAAAGUACAAUGUCUUCCCGGUCAUUUCGUACGAAACGAGUAUGCCAUGGAAUCCAUCACGGAGGUGAUGAAGUCGUCCGACGGGGCUGAAACUUUCCGCCUGGGCCUCGAGCUCAUGUAUGGAAUCUUUGACGAAACAGACACUUGGCUUGACAUCAUGUACCAAAUCCGGGAACUCGCAUCAAGUAAUGACGCUGGAUAUCAAGCUGCAACCUAG